GUGUAGUUGACAGCGCUUUUUGGCUAUGACCAAACUGUAAACAACACGCGCGCCGAAGCAGGAAUUAGGAAUAUUAGUGAAUACAUUGGAGUAGAUGGGAUUUGAAAGCUGAUUAGUUUGGUUAUGGAAGCGUUCUGCCCAGUGAAUGUGAAUGAAUUCAGCGCCUGGAAGCAGAGUGAAGUCGAAGAAGAGAACCGCAGCCCGGUUCGGGCCUGAACCCGAGGACACCUGUGACCAGGAGGUGCUUCAUCAUCAUCAUCCUGAACGUCCUCCACGUUUCUACAACCUUCGAGUUCUUUUCUCUCCGCUCCUGGUCCUCUAUUCAGUGCUCGGGCUGGUGGUGUCGGGUCUGUGUUCACUUUUAGCCUGGUUUUUCAAGCCCAUCUGCGGCGUCAUGGCCACCAAACCGAAGCAAGCGGACGGUGAAGACUGCGAUGCCACCGGAGAUCUGAUCAAAAAGCAUCACAAGCAGGCGUUUGAGUUCAUCUCAGUGGCGCUGCGCAUCGACGAGGAUGAGAAAGGACAGAAGGAUCAGGCGGUGCAGUGGUACCGUAAGGGCAUCACUGAGCUGGAAAAAGGCAUCUGCAUCAAGGUCACAGGCACUGGGGAAAAAGCAGAACGAGCCAGACGGCUUCAAGAUAAAAUGAACAACAACUUGAUCAUGGCCAAAGAGCGUCUGCAACUGCUGGCCGAGCUGAGCUCAGAUUCCUCGCAGGCUGUAAACACUAACAGCAUUAACUCCGCUCUCUCCAACGGCAGCCUCCGCCCAGUCGCGUUGGAUAAAAGCGUCCGCUCAACGAAUAAAUCUAGCAGUGUUGUACCUAAGAAAACAGACUCUUCAUCAUCUCUGGGGAAGCUGAAGCCUGCCAGACCUUCCUCCAGCGCCCCCCAGCGCUCAACCAGCUUCACUGCACCAGCCGCAGGCCGAACAGGACCCCAGGCCAACCACAAGGCUCCAGCAGGUCGGGGUGCUGCCAGAGGUAGCACUAAAGCUGGCGCUGCUCCUUCCUCUACUCCACAGAGGAAGAGAGACCUGAAGAACUUUAAAAAUGUGGACAGCAAACUGGCCAACCUCAUCCUCAACGAGAUAGUGGACAGUGGCUCGGCGGUGAGAUUCGAGGAUGUAGCAGGUCAGGAGUUGGCCAAACAGGCACUGCAGGAGAUCGUGAUCCUGCCGGCACUGCGGCCUGAGUUGUUUACAGGACUGAGAGCUCCAGCGAGAGGACUGCUGCUGUUUGGGCCUCCUGGUAACGGGAAGACCAUGCUGGCGAAAGCUGUUGCCAUGGAAUCCAACGCUACCUUCUUCAACAUCAGUGCUGCCAGUCUGACUUCUAAAUACGUCGGUGAAGGUGAGAAACUGGUACGAGCUCUGUUUGCUGUUGCCCGAGAACUGCAGCCAUCAGUCAUCUUCAUUGAUGAAAUAGACAGUCUCCUGUGUGAAAGGAGAGAAGGAGAGCACGAUGCCAGCCGGAGACUGAAGACUGAGUUCCUCAUUGAGUUUGAUGGGGUACAGUCAGGAGGAGAUGACCGGGUGCUGGUGAUGGGUGCCACAAAUCGUCCUCAGGAGCUGGACGAGGCCGUGCUCAGGCGUUUUGCGAAGAGGAUUUACGUGACCUUACCCUCAGAGGAGACGCGGUUGAAGCUGCUGAAGAAUCUCCUGAAUAAACAUGGCAAUCCACUGACACAGAAAGAGCUGAAUCAGCUAGCCAGGAUGACCAAUGGUUACUCAGGCAGUGAUCUGACCUCCUUGGCUAAAGACGCUGCACUGGGACCCAUACGAGAGCUUCGUCCGGAGCAAGUGAGGAACAUGGCGGCAAAUGAGGUGAGGAACAUUCGUUUCUCGGAUUUCGUCGAGUCUCUGAAGAAGAUCAAGAAGAGCGUCAGUCCUCAAACUCUGGAGCAGUACGCACGCUGGAACCUGGACUAUGGAGACACCACUGUAUGACACACAAACACUCCUCAUUACGUGACCUCUGGUCGGUGACCCGAGACAUUAGUGGUCUUUUCCAAAUAGACAAAGCAAACCGUUCUUACUCUUUACGCUGUUUACCCUUUUGAAGAGCAGACGCUUUUGUUCUUACUGCGAUUGAGCACGCUUGUGAUUCGGGAGACGUCACGCACGAGGACGCGUCUCAAAUCACCGGUGAAGGAAGAAAAGAAGGAUUGCUUUUAAUUAAGUGUUCAAUUACCAGAAUAAAUGAGGCUUCCACCCUAUACAUCACACAUCUCGUACCACGUGAUCAAAACGAGAACCGGCCCGGACCGGAGCAAACAGAAAUUGAGGUUUCGGUUACUUCUCCACCAACUCGGAAGAUGACUGCAGCGGUCACAAUGACAUCAUCGAACAAGCAACGUAUACGAAAAUGACAGAAUUACAAGCAUUUUAACCCUUUACUGCAUGGUGUUCCCAUAAUGCAACACUUAACUGAUCUCUAAUUUUACUUUUUGUCAUUUUUGACUAUAUGAUACUUUCCACAGCUGCACAUUGUUUCCACAUGGCAACAAUUUACCAAUUCAGAUUACUUACUUUUAUUACUUGAACUAAUUCAAGAGUAAUACAUCUUUUUUUUAAAAAAUUUAAAUAGAAUAAUUCAUGCAGUAGAGGGUUAAUCCCGCUGUGUUUGUUCUGAAACAAAACGACAUUCGUAUAAACGACGGUAUUUUGAAAUAAUUCUACACACGGUUGCUUUUGUCAACCCAAACACCGACGACCGUAACUGUUAUGUAUUUUGGUUUUACUUCAGUAGUCAGUGUGUAUCGCACGAGCUACAGCGUUCGUAUCCCCGGCCCCAAGGACACGCGGGGUGGUCCUUCUCAUCUGUGCCUUAGCGUUUCUGCAGUUUCUCGAUGGGAAUAUCCGGCUGUCAGACUGCGCUACAGUCCGAGAUGUGUGCUGUAGCCGAGACAGGAAGUGAUCUCGACUCUGGUGUGCUUUUGUACAGCGUCUAAUCACUGUAUUUCACAAUAAUGCAAAUAAAUCCAGUAAUAAACUUGUACAGUAAAUCUCGUGUCUGGAACAGGAACUGCCAGAAGUCCUGUCUUUAAAGCAAUAACUUGUAAACUCGUGACGUCGGACGGGACGUGCACUAUGGAGCGCGUGUAGUAUUUAUUGUACGAGCCAGAGAACCUACUACCUGUUUUGUAAAACUUUACCGUUUAAGGGAUUUUGUGAUUGUUUUCAUUCGUUUGUAUGUUCCUGCAGUGCCGUUUACUUACCGUCAGACGCACAGCAAAUCUACCUGCCUUUGUGAAAUAAAGCAUGAAAAACGGA